AUGUUGCAGUUCCAGGGCGCAAUUGUGGGCUUUAUCCAGUUCCGAAGUCCAAUUUUUAAAAUGGACGAUUCCCUGAACAUCUUGGUGAAGGUCACUAGCGUGCUCAAUUGUUUGUGCACCGAGCCCAUUGGUCAUCUGCUCAUCGCGUGGCCUGCUUCGGCGCCUGAGAAGACAGCCGCGCACAGGGAGGCCUUCGUCGCAGAACUGGACAGGCGGAUGCACCAGCGUGUCCGUAUUGGUGGUCUAACCAAAGCCACACUUUAUCCUGGUCAGCAACGAGAAGGUAAAAUUUGGCGCUACGUCCCAGGCAAGAGCUCUAUACGCGUCUCAAACGACGAUGCUUCCAUCGUCUGUGGCGGCCACCGCCAAGUAUGCCCGAAUUGGCCACCUCAUCUCGUCCCCCGCGUCGACCUGGUUGUCAAGCGGUCCUGUCGGCACUACACCACCGUGACGCGUGUCGGUGGCGGCGGUGAUGAUGAGACGGAACUGAUUCUGCACGUGCCCGAACUUCAGCCCGGCUCGGUGGUGCGAGCGUUUGGGCUGUGGCAUUUCGAGGGACGCUUCCUCGAACCGUCGAUUCUGACCUCGUGGGGCGGUGCAUGCCAGUACGCCGUCCCCGUUGAUGGCCACACGUCCGGCCUCGAGUGUUCUCCAGUCGCCGACAACGCCCUCAAUCUUGCAUUGCUGACGCUCUUCACUAAAUCCGAGGCCGCCGGCAGCAACGACACCGAGGCUGCGCUUUUGGCCGAGGGAGCAAUCGAAGCUCUCCGGGGCUGUCUCAACAAAACCGCACCGGUGCCACGGACAGUUGAUCUCGCCAGCCAAUUCAUCCACCUCCGCGAGCACGCACGCCCUGCCCACUUCACGCUCAGAAUUUUGACCACUGCUGACCUCGUCGACGCGGAGACGCCUGCUUGGCUGGAAGCCGAUAACCGGGUUAAUCUGAGUGACCGCCCGCUGCAGUUGUUUAAAUCACCGUCCACCUCACCUGUGAUCCUGAUUGGUCGACUGGGACGACAGCCGGGCACGGGUGUGCUGACCGUCGGGCCCGUCUUUCCACAGCCCUCGUCUGUGUCUAUCCCUUUGGUCCUCAUCGACAACCCCACCCUGACACGGCCCAUGUUCAACGACCUGGUCCUCAUUCCCCGGCCUCGUCUGCUUGUCAACGAUGCAUUUGAAACGCCGCAGGUAGCCUUUGCAUUUGGACGCAGCUUACCAACGAUUCCACGUCGUUUGAUCAUCUGCGACUCCGUUCCGAGGCGCAUAUCACCCACUGCCACCGGUGUGAACCCGGCCAGGCCCAACCUCUUGGCCGAAGAUUCCCAAUCCAUGGUGGUUGUGGAGGACGAGGCGGAACCUGCCAUACUGCUUCGCUUCGUUUCUCCCCUGAGUCCCGAAUUGGAUAGCUUCUCAGUCAAGUACGAGUCCAGCCUAGCGCAAUCGCAUUCCCUCUCUACCAAGGAACUGCGGUGUGAAGAGGCCCUGUGGGCCUACUCUAGCGGAGUCUUCAACGUUGGAACUCGCCUUCAUCUUAGAGGUGGCGCCCCCGAGGUAGUGGAGGAACCGAGUGGCCUUCCACUCAGCAGUUCCUGCCACCACCUGGUCGGUAUUUAUCAGUGGCGCGUGCUCUCUGUUUGUGAGUUACUCAUUGGCCGGUUGCUGUGGCCUAUUGACUGGGUCAGCGCGAUACGUCGUUUCCUUGGCGCAAACAAAGCAUCGUCUUUAUUUGCUUGGCUCUUCGUGCUUCUACAGGGCUACAUAGUGAAGCAGAAAAUCCAUCCACCCAGCAAUGGCAAACAACGUGCCAGCAUCUGGCUAAUUGAUCGCUACAGCCUCGACACGACUGCUUCCGCGCCGCUUCGCAUCGAUUUCUUCUCGUCAGAGAAGGCCGAGGAUCUCGCCCGUCUUCCCACGUUGACCCACGUGGGUCUCUUCAAGGUCCGCGUUGUCUCCAAUGGAGACGCCUAUCGUCUGGUGGUGCCGCUGUCACCAAAUCGCUUUCAGAUAUCCCCCAACGGUCUCUGUUCAUAUUUUCACCCUCAUUGUCGGCGCCUGGCGACUGCAGACUCCAGCGCUACCAUUGGCCCUCUCCCGGUCUGUCGUAUUUGCCAAGCACGGCAACAAACCAAGAUUCAGCCUGAGGCAGGUCUCGCGGCAACUCUUGACCUGCUUUGCGACGAAAAACCCGUUAAGGUGUGCUUCGUUCACAUCGUCAAGUGCCUGGAAUUCAAUGUUGCGCCAACUCCAAAGUAUGUGCGGAUUCUACUGAAGCUCCUCGUUUCUGAUGGAUCUGCAAAUGCGAUUGCUUCCUUUAACUCCGACCUCAUGGAUGCCAACCAAACUACCAUGCUGACUGCGGCAAGCGAAUCCCACAUGCCGUCCAUGGCCUCUACGUCGUGCCAAUUGCAGAUCUCUCCAGCAUGUCUGCGCUGCGUAUCGUCAUUACUCGGUCUCGGUGAAUCCAUCACAAGCCAGUUGAUAACUCACCUGGCGAUCGCUAGUGGGGCACCCGCUGAUGAAGGCGGAGACCCCGUCAGAAUCGGACUGAGGUCGUGGCUUUCUUCUCCCGGCUUUCUCAGAUCAGUUUUCCUUACCCUGGCGGUUGACCCAUCAGCAUCGUAUUCCCGUCCUUGUUGGCGCCUACGGACGGCCGCAAUCGGAAGCGAAAUUCGACUUACUGCGUCACCUCUUCUAAAGUUGCGUAUCAUUCACUGA